AUGGACGAGUACGAGGUGCCUCUGUGGAUGCUGAAGGCCUACCAAGCUCGCAAACACCGCCGAGUACAGGUGGUCGCAACGGUGGCGGCCAUUGCCUCGGUAAGGGGAACUCCCAGUGACAGCUUGCCGCGCAGGCGGCUGAACUGGGGGCUGCACAGGCAGACACUUCUGUUGGAGGGGCAGUUCGAGCAGUGCUACCGUAUGAGCGCUGCAUCUUUUGACAGGCUGCUGUCAUUUGUGAGACCUGGGCUGCUGCGCGACGAGAUCCAGUCCGAGCGGCGCACGGGCACGGACCCGAUCACGCCCGAAAACAUGCUGCAAAUGACUAUUUCCUGGCUGGCAGGGGGCAGCUUUCACACCACGCGCUGUCUGGCUGGCGUGUCUCCGUCGGGCUUUUACGAUGUGAUCACUGCUGUAAUGGACGCGCUGUGUGAGUGUGAGGAGCUACGAAUUCAUUCUCCGACCGAGUCCAGCAGCCGCAUCGAAGAGCUCGCGUCCGGGUUCACGAAGAUCAGCAAGGAUGGUAUCAUGACGGGCUGUGUGGGAUUAGAGCACCAAGCAGCCGAGAAGUACCCGACGUUGCUGCAUUUUUCUCGGGGCAUUACCAGAUGUACGGCUUGA